AUGAUUACCUUGAAUGUACUUCGAUGCUUGAGCCCUUGGGUCGACUAUCUAGUGAGCCUCAUGGGUUCCCUGGAGCUCUUCCACCUCUACCAUCAUUUUGUCAUCCUCGACGAUGUAGACCAUGUUGACGAGUUCGGUGUUCCUAGAACACAGGAGGACCACAUUGUCGACAUCAUGGAGUAUUCGAACACAGUCGAAUGCUUCAUCGAGGAAGUUCGGGUGAAGACUUUUGGAGCCUGGCUAUCACUCCCCAGAGUGUUAGUCCAGACCGCACUAAACAAGGCCCGUUGCCACCGGGUGCCUCUUGCCGACUACGGUGACAUGCCUCACAUUUUUCGCAUGGAGGAGAAGCUGAGCAACGAGCAGCGGGAGAGAAUUGUCCGUGAUGCUGUGAAUCUGAUUGAAAAUCAGAUCAAUUACAACAUCUUGUGGGCGAAUUGCGAGCACACUACGAACCUGGUGUCGGGAAAGCAACAGUAUACAUCUCCAGAAGUUCACUUCUUCAUUUGGAGUGUGGUCCGCUACGUUUUGACCCUGCUUGGCCUGGCGUCCUUGCAUGUAGUAACAAUGAGAUGCUACAGCAGAUAUUGCCUUCACUACCCUGUGUGGGCCUUAGCCGCCUACUACACUUGCACGGCCUUACCCGUCUUAGCGCAGAUCGUCGUACAGUUUGGCCGAAUGGCGCACACAGUCGCCACAUCCUGGCGUAAAAGCUUGAUCUCCAGAAGUGACGUCUACCACCUGGUGGUCAAGGAGCUGUGUCGCGCCUUGUUUAACGGAGCUCUUGCUUUUGGCUUUUUGGUCUGGGCACCGGACUUUCUGAAGCUUGCGGAUGGCAGAUAUCCAUUGCAGAUCUCCAUCGGAAUCGUCUUCGCUUAUCUGGGUAGCGAUGCCGUGUUUGCAUUGCUGGCCCAGGUUGCAACUAGGAUCUUAGUCCAGACCAAGGGCCACUUCUGGUU